AAUUAAGGUAUUAAAUUAAUCAUUGAUAUAAUCCACAAAUCCCGCUAAUUAAAUAUGGAAUUUACAACUCUCAUGAACACGCCCAAAAUAAACAGUAAAUGAUAAAUAAUAAAUAAUAAAUAACAAAUAAUUAGUAAUACGGCGCGUAUUUCAAAAGUUUCCACAGGCCAAAGCAACCCCGCUGUCCAAACUAAUCCCUCACGCUUUCGAAAUACGCUUUUGAAAUGCGCGUGACUUCCACGCUUCCCCUAUCAUUACAGCGCAACGAACCUUCCAGGCGUCUUCACCGCUGUAUAAAAUCCGGCGAGCGCUAUUGCCACUCAGAAAUGCAAAGGCAGAGAGAGAGAUAGAGAGAGAAUAGUAACAUAGCCAAUCAAACCUCUCUCUCUCUCUCACACCUCUCUUUUUCCCUCUAUUUUCUCUCUCUUCGAGGCGUUGUCCCGGACCCCCACGAGUACGCUUCAUGACUUUAAGAUAGAAAUGAAAGCUAGCCAGCAUGAAUUCGGGUCAGAUUAUUAAACAAAAUUAGGCCCAACAAGAGAGAGAGAGAAUAGUAACAUAGCCAGUCAAAUCUCUCUCUCUACCCUCUCUUUUUCCCUCUAUUUUCUCUCUCUUCCAGUCGGUAUGGGGAAACCGCGUCAUGCUUGAAAACGCGGCUAUUGUAUAAGAGAAAUCAAUCGAGUUCGGAAUUCUUUUUCUUCUCCUCAUCUACAAAUUCCCCGCAAAUCCGUUCAGGCAUUUGGCCUCCUAUUGAGUUGUGUUUCCUUCUCAGGAAGCAUCUUUCUUCUUUCUUGAUUCUUCGAUUUCAGUUCGUUAUAUAAAAGCGACGGCGUCUUCCCCAACCCAACUGCUGUUGUAUUGUUAUACUUUCCAGAGCAAAAAUUCGUUUGGGCUUUUCUGAUUUGAAGUAAACCCAGAAUGGUUCGUUUUCGAUUAGACGUUCCUGUAUUGUUACUUCUUUCGUAUCUUGCUUUUUCCCCUUUUUGUCUUGGGAUUCGUUCUUACCGGAACAGAUUGGCCGUCGUCGGGGAAGGAAAUGAUGUUGGGUACGACGGUUUGUUCCAAAUUGCGGAGGCGCCGGAGUAUCGCAACGGAGAAGAGUGUCCGGCGCCGGCCAACAGGGACGUCGUGUCGUCCUGUGACCCGUCGCUUGUUCACGUUGCGAUGACUCUCGACUCAGAGUACAUCAGAGGGUCCAUGGCAGCCGUACACUCCGUUCUCCGGCACGCAUCUUGUCCCGAGCACGUUUUCUUCCAUUUCAUUGCGGCCGAGUUCGACCCGGCGAGCCCCCGCAUCCUCGCCCAACUUGUCCGAUCCACCUUCCCGUCGCUGAACUUCAAGGUCUAUAUCUUCCGAGAAGACGCCGUUAUCAAUCUGAUCUCGUCUUCAAUUCGUCAAGCCCUUGAGAACCCAUUGAACUACGCCCGAAAUUACUUGGGUGAUCUGCUCGAUUCUUGCGUUGACCGCGUAAUCUACCUGGACUCUGAUCUGGUCGUCGUCGACGACAUUCGCAAGCUCUGGAGCAUCUCUCUCGCCGGAUCAAAAGUCAUCGGCGCACCGGAGUACUGUCACGCCAAUUUCAAGGCCUACUUCACGGAUACAUUCUGGUCCGACCCAGUUCUGUCCAGGGUGUUCGCGUCGAGGCGCCCCUGCUAUUUCAACACCGGCGUGAUGGUGAUGGAUUUGGUGAAAUGGAGAGAAGGAAAUUACAGAAAGAAAAUCGAGAGGUGGAUGGAGUUGCAGAAGAAGAAGAGGAUUUACGAACUGGGUUCCCUCCCUCCUUUCCUCCUCGUCUUCAGUGGGAACGUUGAAGCCAUUGAUCACCGGUGGAACCAGCACGGACUUGGCGGCGACAACGUGAGCGGGAGUUGCCGGCCGUUGCACCCUGGGCCGGUGAGUUUGCUGCACUGGAGCGGGAAGGGGAAGCCAUGGGCUCGCCUUGACGCGAAGAAGCCCUGCGAAAUCGACCGCCUAUGGGAGCCUUACGAUCUCUACAGGCCUCAGCAGCAGCAGCAAGGGAGAGCUAGGCAUCAUCAACAACUGCCAUUUUCAUCUUCUUCUCCAUCAUUGAUUGGGUACCUUUAGAGUGAUGAUUCUUCAUAUUACAAUUUUUUUUUUUUUUUGAAAUUUUGGAAAUUCUUUCAUGCCUGUGUACAGAUUGAUUCAAGGGUGGUGAUAUGGGGAGCAUUGAUGCAUUUUGGGGACGGUUCAUUAAAUUUCUUCUAUUGUUUGAUUAUGUUGUAAUUUUUCGGUUAAUUGAUGGGAGAGUGGAUUGUGUUUGUAUGAUGUUCCGGAACACAUCCAAUUUUGGUUGGGGAUGGAUUGAUAUUCGAUUCA